CUCCUACAGGAUACUUCUGAAUCAAGGCCUAGAAGAAGUGCAACUUGUUUAGGUUGUUUAGCUUAUCUAUUAACCAGGGAGCUUUAAAUUUGUUUUUGUUUUGUUUUUUGUCGCUUAAAUUUUGUUCUAAUAAGUAUGAUGAUGUUCUUCUUCCACAUUCUUAGUAUUUGCGUCUUCAUACGGACAUGAGGGGAAAAGCUGCAGCGCUCCAGAUGAAGAUGGAAGCCUGAUAAGAUAAAAUAAAUUAAACAGAUCUAAUGUGAUGAAUGGCUUCUGAGGAUUAAUCAAAGGCAGCCAGCAGAGCUUCAGCGGCUAAUCCUGGAUCGAUAUGUUGAAUCAAGCAUCUGCAAAUGUCGCUUCCUGUGUGAAUCACCGUCCUGCAUCGCUCCACAAACCCCCAGCUUUGGACACGUAGCUGUAACUUUUCUGCUCUUCAGGCGGAACACCCCCACCCAGCAGCCAUGCCCAGGUCCAGCCGCAGGAACAACAAGACUCUACCGCAGAGCAACGGAGGCGGCUCGCUCCCCGGCUGUGAGCGGGGGCGGAUCCUCAGAGCCCGGGUCCUGAUCGUGGGUCUGCUCGGUGUUCUGGUGCUGGCGGUGGUGCUGAGUGUUUACCUGGUUAAUGACACCUCCAGCGGACACGUGAGCCGCCUGCCAGCUGUGGAUCUGGUGAAGGACAGGCUUUCCCACAAACCCAGUAAAGCCUCUGCAGCCCAGAUCCGCCGCCUGGCCUCUUUAGUCGACUCCGCUCGUUUGUGGGAGACUCACCUGCAGCCGAUCCUGAUAGAGAGGCUCCCAGGGACACGAGGAAGCCUGGCUGUACAGCAGCACAUCGCGUCCACCCUGUCCUCGCUGUCGGCUGGCUGGGCCAUUGACCUGGACUCUUUCCAGUCUCCCACUCCUCGUGGUCAAGUCACCUUUACAAAUGUUAUUGCCGUCCUGGACCCCACAGCCCCUCGGAGGCUCCUCCUGGCCUGCCAUUAUGACUCAAAAAUCCUCCCUCCAGACCCGCAGGCCCCAGGGAAGAUGUUUUUGGGAGCCAGCGACUCUGCUGUUCCCUGUGCUAUGAUUCUGGAGCUGGCUGCUUCUCUGGACACACAGCUCAAAUCUUUUAAACAGCAGAAACUCCCAGUCACCCUCCAGCUUGUGUUUUUUGACGGCGAGGAAUCGUUUGAAGAAUGGACGGACACGGACUCACUGUACGGCUCUCGCCACCUGGCCGAACUCAUGGCCAAAACACCCCACCCUGCCGCCUCCCCUCAGGCCACCACUCUGCAGGCCGUGGACCUUUUCGUGCUGUUAGACCUGCUCGGGGGUCCUGAUCCAUUGAUUGCAAAUCAUUUUGACAACACAGCUCGAUGGUUUGACCGCCUGAUCUCUGCAGAGAAAAGGCUCCAUCGCCUCGGUCUCCUGGUGUCUCACCCCUCAGAGCAAACAUACUUUAGGAAGGACGUGUACCUUGGUCCUGUUCAAGACGACCACAUCCCUUUCCUUCACAGAGGUGUACCGGUGUUGCACAUAAUCCCCACUCCCUUCCCUCAGUUCUGGCACACACUGGACGACACGGAGGAGAACAUGCACCAUCCAACCGUAGAGAACCUCACUAAGAUCAUGGCCGUGUUCCUGGCAGAGUACCUGGGCCUCUGAGCUAAAAGCCUCUAAUGUAGAUCCCAGCAGGAGUUUGGAAGAAGAACCAGCUACAGAGGAAGCCUUUGAUCACAUUAAAAUCAUGAGAAACUACAGCCUUAUCCUUGGUCAGCAUCAGCUUCACAUAUUGCAUGACUGACAAUUUCUCUAAAUCUCAUUUGAAGUAAAUAGAAACAGUUUUGACGUCUCAGUGGAAGGAGCCCUAGUAACUUUACCAGCAGCUUACCCUGUGAAUUGGAAGAAGAUGCACUUUGAAUGACCUACUGUGAACGUCAUCUGAGAAGGAGGUAAAAGUUGGGGAGCUCCUCCGUUCCCCCCAAACAUACCUUCAGAUCAUUGAAGAUCUUUCUCAGCUGCUGAUUUUAGGUGCGCUAUUUAACAUUUACAAGGACUUUACUGUUAAACUCCUAUAUUAGUGUUUCACUCAAGCUUAGGCCGUCAGCAGCGGUCAGAUCCAUUUUAUUUAUUUCCUCAAGGAGUUCGAAGUCAAGAAGUUACAUUUGCUCAUGUGAAAUAAUUCUGCUUAAUUCAC